AUGACCAUCUUACUUCGUGGAUCCGCCUUCAUCACAGGCGCAGCCUCCGGUAUUGGACAGCAGACUGCCACUGCCUUCGCACAGCAUGGAGUCACAAAGCUAGCAUUGGCCGACAUCAACCAAGAAGCACUAUCUAUAUCCGUCGGAUCGUUGAAGAAACAGUUCCCCAAUGUCCAAGUUCUAGCGGUGCAUCUCGAUGUUCGUGACUCUACGCAGGUCAAGGAAGGCAUUGUCAAGAUAAUCGGCGAGUUUGGUCGUCUGGACAUUGCUGUGAACAAUGCCGGUAUCAGUGGCAGUGGUCGAAAGACACAUGAGUUGGAAGACGACGAGUGGCUUAGAAUUCUCGAUGUGAAUUUGCAGGGUGUAUAUCGAUGUCAGAAAGAAGAACUUGAUGUCAUGGUAAAUCAAGAAGAUUUGGGACCUCGGAUUGGCCGUGGAAGGAUCAUCAAUGUGGGAAGUAUGUUUGCUGUUGUUGCACCAAACAACCAAGACCAUACUGCCUAUACAACUGCCAAACAUGUUCGUCCAAGCACUGACAGACUGCUAGGGAUCAUUGGCUUGACCAAGGCUGACGCAAACUCUUACGGGCCUUUGGGCAUCCGUAUUAAUGCCAUAUGUCCAGGCUACGUCGAGACGCCUCUACUCACGAAUAUCAUGAGCCGCGAUCCGGACUCACCACUCGCAGUGGACUUGGCAAGAACCCCUUUAAAGCGGCUCGCCACUAUGGAGGAGGUGGCCGAUGCUAUAGUCCUGUUGGCUUCUCCCAUGAAUAGCUAUAUGCAAGGCGCCAGUAUGAUCUGUGACGGAGGGUUUACCAGUAACUAG